GCUGCCCAAGACUGACAAGAGCCCGAUAGCGAUGAGGACACGUCAACAAUUCGAAAUAUUUGUCAACAAAUUUAAUCAAUUUGUUUUUAGAGUGAAAUGUUGAGAAGGAAGUUUUGAAUUUAAAUAAAGAUGGCAUGGACAGGAUUUACAGAUGAACAGCUAAAUGCUUUAAAACAGCAAAAUUCCAAUGAGGGAGGAAUGCCUGCCAGAGGUGGUCGAGGUCAGCACAACCAGAGGGGCAGGGGAAGAUCUGGAGUAAUCAGGGGUAGAGGAAGACCAGGGCCAUCCCAGGCUGUGAGCCAAACUCCUGUCAGUCCAGACCAAAUGCUCUCCAGACCAAAGCCACAGGGUACCCGAGGGAAACCUGUCUCCUCUGCAGAGCACAGCGUCUGGAGUGAACUAAAUGAGCCAACCCAAAGACGACCUCCUCCAGCGAGAAGGAAAGCCCCUCCCCCACCUCAAGACAAGGCUGAAGACAGACAGAAUGAUGCGCCAAGGGGUGAAGUGGUGGAUCAUAGACGGCUUGAGGAUGACAGUAAGAAGGAGUUCAUGGAAUCUCCCAAGGAAGCGGAGGCGGAGAAGGUCAAGAUUUUAGAUGAAGAGGAAGGGCAUGAGAGAGAGAUUUCUAAACUUGAGGAGUUCCAGAAGAAGCAAAAACAGAUGGAGGAAGAGAAUGCAAAGAAGAAAAACCUUUUGGCUAGAGCAAUAGCAGACAGAAAGAAGAAGACCCAGGCAGAAGCCAAGAGAUUGUUGUAUAUUCAGAAGGAACUAGCGAAGAUAGAAUCAUUACUAAGCAAUGAUGUUAGCAUACUCCGAGACAAGAUAGAGGAAGCAAGCAGAGAUUUCAAUGAUGCUCAGCGUCGUUAUCAAAAAGCCGAGGCAGAGUUCGUAGCAGCCAAGAUCCAUCUUCAUAAAGCUUCUGAAAUGAAGGAGGCCCUCACAGAACAUCUAUGCACCAUUAUCCACGAGAACGAACUCCGCAAAGCACGCAAGCUCGAAGAGCUUGUCAGCAAACUUGAAGUUGAAAAUCUUGACGAGUUUGAGAUUCCGGAUGAAACGCCGCCUACCUCACCGGUUCCAAUAACAGUCAUUCACCAGCAAGAGGUUACUAAUCACUCCUCAAAGGACAAUGGAAUAGCCCAUAUAUCCAGCAAUAACUCAGGGAGCAUGUCCAAUCAACUGGAACAAUCCAUCGUUUCUUCAGGAAGUUCCUCUGACAAACUUGAUUCCCCAGCUGCACCUGACAUCACGACUCAUUCAAAAAGUGCUGAGCAAACUGAUGAAAAGGCAAAUGAAAAUUCUGAUAAAUGUGAAGAGAAAAUUGACAAUGAAAUCAUUGUUUCAACAGUUUCUUGUGACCAAGGUGAUAAAAAUACAAUGACUAAAAUUGAAGGUGACUCGUCAAGUGACCAGCCAGAGGCAGAGCAGCAUGUAGAGAUUAGUGGAGAUCAGACAUGACCACUGCUAGUCUUAAUCCAGCUAAUCCACUUUGUAUGUUACCUACAAGGGGACAUUUUCAUAAAUGCUUUCAUAAGAUUAAGCAUGACUUGGAAUGAUGUGAUUGGAAUAUGAAGAGCCAGAUUAUGAGCCAAAUGUUUUUUGUUGAUUUUUAACAGACAGUCAAACCUGUGUUAGUGGCCCCCUGUCUAUAGCAGCCACCUGCCUAUAAAGUUUCACAUUUUGUGUCACAUUUAUGUUUCUCACAUAACUGUUUGUAUUCAAAUUGAUUGAGCCUUCAGCUUAGUUCUUUUUUUUUAUUCCAGUCAUUCAUGAAAUUGCUUAUUACUUUAUGAACUCCUUCAUGGAACACCCCAGGGGGCCAUUUCAUAAAGCUGUUCGUAAGUUCAGAGUGACUUUAAGUACGACUGGUGAUCCUUUGUUGUGGUAAAUGAUGUCCAUUGAUGGUUAUGUAGCAUGUAAGAAAGGUUCACCAGUUGUUCUUAAAAUCGCUCUCGACUUACAAACAGCUUUAUGAAUCAUCCACCAGGUAGGGAGAUAUUAAAACAUUUAACAGGGUGAAUAUCAAUUUUGAUAAUACAUUGAAGUACAGUCUAUUAUUUUUUUAUUUUGGAGAUAAAUAAUUGAUUUUUAGGUUUUAUAUUACAGGAAAAUCCUAAUUUCGAAAACCAUCAAUGAGGUGAAAAACAAUAUUUAUCUUAGAUAAUUAGACCUGUGGUCUUUGUGGAAAGCUUCCCCCUUUUUUUUUAGCUCAUCAUGUAAUGUGAAACUACAGUUACGGCUGUGGCAGUGCCAAGAUUUGGAGAGGGGGGGGGGGGAUAAAGAGCAAACAUGGAAAAGGAUGCAGAUGACAAUUUUCUUUGAUUGAGUUCCAUUGAUACAUUGUAUAUAUGUUCAAUGGACGAUUCUCAAAAUAUAGAGAUAGGAUUUAAACAGGAUAUCAAUUUAUAGAUUAAUUUGUAUUCAAAAUCAAAAGGAUUUCCCGUAAAAUUUGAGAUAUGACAUUGUCUCCCCCCCCUGCAACCAUAUACAUUAUCAUAAAUAUGAAUGUGAAAUUUAAGAGCAUGAAUGUUCAGAGUUAUAUUACAUAGAUUUUUUUAAAAUAUAGAUGGGAUUAACAAAAGUGCAUUUGAAUUUAGUUUGAUAAGCUUUACAUACAAUCUGAGAUUUAUAACAACUCAAAGUGUUGGUACUUAUAUGUUGUACAUAAGAAAGCAGAUUUUUAAAAAUACGAUUAUAGAAUUUCUAAUAUUAUGUACUCGUAGUAUAGCAAUACAGUAUUAUUUCAUAUAAAUGAAAAUGAUUUGGUAUUCAAAUAGGUUUUCAUGAAUUUAUUUUUGUAAUAUGACAUCAUUAUAGCGUCCAAGUUUAAUGUAGGCUGAAGUUUGAUAAACAUUAUACUCCUUUGUUGCUCAAAAUCUAGUUGAUAUAUUUUUAGUUUAGUAAACCAAGGAUUAUUAAUUUGUAUGCAUAUAACAAAAGACUAAGGUAUUUUGAAUGGGAACGAAAACGCAAUAAGAAUUUUACACCUUUACAUAUGAGAGUAAUAUUUCAAUGAGUUUGAAAUCUUGAAUUAUCAUCUAAAUCAUGGAUUCUAGAUUAUGAUUCAGUUCUACAGUAAGUGGUUGUUGUGCCUACACAUUUUGUGUGUCUAUUAUGACACCUAUUAUGUUCUGUUACUACGAAGGUAUUGUGGUAGCCAUGUCUCAUUCUUAAAGAUGAGAAAUUCUUGAUGAAAAUUACAUCAACACCCAAGUGUACUAUUUAGAAUAAUGAGAGGUGCAUUCACUUUGAUCUUGAUUAAGGUGAUUAUGCUGAACUGUGUC